AUGCCUCCCACACGCCUGGCAUGCGCUCAGCCUGCAGACGUAUGGACUUGCUAGCUGACUCCUCUUUCUCUUAACCAUUAGGACAGUAAGAGCCAUUUCGGGGGUCUCUCUCUAGCUCUGGGGCUUUUAUUUUUUGAUGAUUCUACUUUCUUUUUUUUUUUUCAUCUUUCCUCAUUCCUUUUGUCAACGCUACUGUCCUUGGCCAGUAAGCGAAACUCCCUUCUGAAAUUAAGGCAGAGAGCAUCAUCACCUUAAACUAGCCUGGUACCUUGUAGAACUAAAAAUGCUAGGUUUUCAAUACUUUCAUUUAUCCCUCUUAUAACUUUACCUAUAGGGCUAAUCUUUUCAUUUGAAACCUGUGCUAUUUGACAGAAAUGGCAUGCAGGCCACCUGUCACCUUAAAUAUUCUAGUAGCCCCGUUUUAAAAAAGUAAAAAGAAACAGGUGGAACUGAGAAUUUAAGUCUUGGGAAGGUCAGUGCGGACUCUCUCCUUGGAGGGUCUCAGUGCAGACCAGAUACCCUGCAGGUGCUUGGGGGCCAGGGGGCCAGGAGAGCUUUCAAGAUCAUACUCACAACGGUGUCUGACCUGUUGUCGUAACUGGACACUGAAGAUUUCUGAGCUCCUGGGGGUUUCUGGUGUAAACACCAGGUCUAAGAAAGGGGGGGGGGGGGUCUAUUAAAUCCAGAUAUUCUUCACCUAGGGUCUGCAGAUCCUUGGUCCACUGAUGAGUUGUGGAGGGGAGGAGGGAGGUAGGACAGAAUUCCUAAACCUGGAUAGGAGAAAUGGUUCAACCUAAAUUUUCACUAACUUCUAAGCAAAGUAUGGCAUUUCCUCCUUUAGGAAUGCUGGCAACAGCCCAGUGGUAUUAGAAGGACCUGCCCCUUUGCCCCAGUAAGGCACAGGUAUCUUCACGUUUCUGAUGUUUCAGACCUCUCAAAGGAUCUUUUUAUCACCUUUUGAAGUUCUAGUAGUUAUUAGACCUGUUGCUAGAUCUUGCUAAUUAGUGCAGUAGCAAAGAAACAAUACUAUGUUAUCCAUGUAUUAUUUUUCAUUUCGGUAUAAUAGGUUUCCUUUGUAACCCUUGAUGUUUUCUUUCAUGCACUUAAAGCAUAUGCUGAGCAGGGGUCCACCAGGGUGAGCCCACUCCCAGAGGUUCAGGUGUGUUUUUCUGGUACCUGAGUCUACAUCGAUUAACCUUUUCCCGAGCUCACCUUCAGUUUCUAUAAGGCACUUAUCGUGUUCAAGGUUCUGUGUUCAAGCUGACAGGCUGGUUUUCUGGUAUGUUCGGUUGACACAUCCCUGGUCCCCACUGGAUGCCAGGCCCCUGGUGAAGGUGAGUGGUGGUGCCGAAGCGGGGUCCCAGACCAGCACCAUCAGCAUCACCUGGGAGCUUGCUAGAUUUGCAAAUUCUCAGGUCACACCCCAGACCUCUGAAAACAGACACUCUGGGUCUAUUCAUCUGUUUUAUCAAGCCUUCCAGGAGGUGCACGCUGUUGUUUGAAAACCACCGCGCUGGGGAACUGGAAGGCGGCCCAACCCUGCGGGGAAGGGUCCCGCCUCGAACCUCGGGUGGGGACUAACGGGGCUCCUGCAACGCAGGGGAGGGGAGGCUAGGAUUUCGACGCAGAGGUGCUGAGGGGCAGCCAUCGAGUCGCAAGCCGAGGGCUAGGGGGCACCCCGAUUUUACUUCCACUACCUCGACCUCUAGAGUGACUGAUGGAGAUGAUCCCCCAGAACCCACCCGUCGGCGCCACAGCUCUACGGUGACAAAACGGGAGAGCCCGCGAGCGCGGAGGAGACAGCCCCAUGCCUGCAGGUUUUGGUGGGAUGGAUUUGCACCCGGGCUGGACCGUGCGGGUCCAGCGGGCCAGCGCCGGACCGCGAGCUCCCUGCUGGGAAUUGCGGUCCCGCAAGCCCACCCGCCGCAGGCUUUGCGAGAGCGGUGGCCUCUGGAAAACUACAAGUCCCACAGUUCCCGGCGCGGGGCGCGCACGUGGGCGGGGCGGGGCGGGGCUGGGGGCGCAGCAACACAGUCUCCACGGCCAUUUUGUCGGAGAAGCCGCAGCGCCGCCUCUUCUUUCGCGUCCUCGCAUCCGUCUCCGCCGCCUCUGCCUCUGCCUCCGCCUCCUCCUGGCUUCCGCCGCCGCCGCCGCCGCCGCCGCCGCCGCUGCAGCCGCAUCCCAGUCCCGGGGCGAAGCGUUUUCUUAUUUCCCUUCUCUCGCCACUACAGCCUCUUGACACGGCGAUCCGGGCGGGCCCCGCAGGAAUUUUAUCCCCUCACCGGCCUCACACUAGUAUCGCAUGUCCACUAUCCAGAACCUCCAAUCUUUCGACCCCUUUGCUGAUGCAACUAAGGGUGACGACUUACUCCCGGCAGGGACUGAGGAUUACAUUCAUAUAAGAAUCCAGCAACGGAACGGCAGGAAGACGCUGACUACUGUUCAGGGCAUUGCAGAUGAUUAUGACAAAAAGAAACUUGUGAAAGCUUUCAAAAAGAAAUUUGCCUGUAAUGGCACUGUGAUUGAGCAUCCGGAGUACGGGGAGGUCAUUCAGCUUCAAGGCGACCAAAGGAAAAACAUCUGCCAGUUUCUGCUGGAGGUUGGCAUUGUCAAGGAGGAACAGCUUAAGGUCCAUGGAUUCUAAGAUGACCCUAAACACGUGGAGGAUUUCUUGAGUAAUUUUAUUUGCUAAAUCCAGUCUGGCUGCCUUGUGAAAUGAUGCUCUGCAGAAAAUGGACUUUUCCUUUAUUUAACCGCUCCCGCU